AUGCUUGUGAUCGUCGUUGUUUUAUUUGCAUUGUGUUGGCUUCCGCUCCAGGCUUAUAACGUAUUACAGGAUGUUUUUCCAGAAAUUAAUAAAUACAGAUAUAUUAAUAUCGUUUGGUUUUGUUUUGAUUGGCUCGCAAUGAGCAAUAGCUGUUACAAUCCAUUCAUUUACGGAAUAUAUAACGAAAAAUUUAAAAGAGAAUUUCAAAUAAGAUUUCCGGUUUUGCGUGCGCACGGAUCUUCUUCUUCUACUUAUUAUUCCUCGGAAAAUAAUUUAGAAAUGAGAAGGAUUCCAGGACAAUCUCCGAUCCAGACUAAAGUCACGAUAAAAUUAUCCAAAAGGGAUAUCGAUUACGGACGUAAAAAAAAUUUCGGAAGGUAA